CACCAGCCAAUCCCCACCGCCUUUCAAGUCGAUUUCAACUCCAUGUCGAUCGCUUUGGUCUUUAGUUCCUUCUAACCGGAAGUAAAACAAAUGCACGAGAGCCGGCCGUGACUGACUUUUUGUCUGCUCCACUUUUCAUACAUAGUGUGUUUUUUUCUUUUUUUUUCCUGUGUCUUUUGUCGGAGGGAAAGCUCUUCCUUUUUUUUAAAAGCAAUACUUGUACGUUGUGAGUGUGAAACAAUCAUUCAGAUGCAUCCCCGUGAACAUGUGUCCUGUGGAUAACUCAAAGAGAAUAGCAGUAGUUUAGGAAAGAGACUGAGACUUUGUUCGUUCUGCGAGUCUGGGAACCAGUUGAUUGUCGUGGAGCGGAUGGAACGCGGCCCCGGGAAUCCGAAAGCGGCGCCCGGAUCCGAAGCCGAAGCUGGCUGUGGCUGCUAUGGAAACGGGAGGGCGCGUGAGCAACCGUCCAGUCUCCAGCUCAGCCCGGCGGAGCCCAGCCUGGCGAGAUCCCGCUGGAAAAUGCUGCAGCGGGUGCUGAAACAGAAGAGCAUAGAUCAAGAAAAUCUGCUGCAGAUUUCUACCAGAAGAUGUUUGACUUUCAACAUAUUUUCUACAAAUGUGUUGAAGAAACUGGAGUCAGAUUCUGAUAAUGAAAUGUGGGUUGAAUAUGCGUGCAUUCCCUAUCCACAGUAUAGGGUGUAUUUAAGACACAGUGUUGGCCCUCUGAAUGUUGAAGAUGUUCUCACCAGUUUUGACAACACAGGAAAUGUCUGUAUCUGGCCUUCAGAGGAGGUUUUGGCUUAUUACUGUAUAAAACAUAAUAAUAUGUUUAGAGGCCUUGCAGUUUGUGAGCUGGGAGGUGGAAUGACAUGCUUGGCUGGGCUCAUGGUUGCUAUUUCUGCAGAUGUCAAAGAACUUCUAUUAACUGAUGGGAAUGAAAAAGCCAUCAAAAAUGUUAGUGACAUUAUUGAAAGAAACAAAAAGCAUGGACUAUUCAGGUCUUCUUCUGUUUCAAGCCGCAUAAUGCGAUGGGAUAAUGAGAUGGAUGUGUCUCCUAUGGAAGGACAUUUUGAUGUUAUUAUCUGUGCUGACUGUUUGUUUCUGGACCAGUACAGAGCAAGCCUUGUCGAUGCAAUGAAGAGAUUACUCAAACCUAAUGGAAAAGUGCUUGUGUUUGCCCCUCAGAGAGGCAAAACUUUAAACCAGUUUUGCAGUCUUGCAGAGAAAGCUUGUUUAACUGCCCAAAGGCUUACGAAUUACGACGACCACGUUUGGAACUUUCAUCUGAAGGUCAGAGCUCGAUGA